ACAAAUGGAGUUGGUAGAGGUGGGAGUGUAAGAAGUCUCAUCCUAACCUCCAAUGUUCUCGUCAGGUGCGUCGACAUUUCGGUAGUGUACAGUGCGCGACUCCUGUGACAAUGUUUUCAUAAAAAAAAUCAAAGUGUCAGGAUGAACUCCCGACAGCAACUCCAGCCGUUCCUCAACAACUCCCUGGCCAUCCGCCAGGAGAUCCAGAGGUUCGAGAGUGUCCAUCCGUCGAUUUAUGCCAUUUAUGACCUGAUUGACUUGAUUCCCGACGGUUUGGUGGCCCAACAGAUCAGAGAUCACGUCGUUUGCAUCGAAGAUUCCUUCGUGAAUAGCCAAGAAUGGACGUUAUCACGAACCGUUCCGGAUCUGCGGUUGGGCAUCGUCGGAUCCUUAUCAUCCGGAAAGUCCGCUUUAGUCCACCGCUACUUGACCGGAUCUUACAUGCAGGAAGAGUCACCGGAAGGAGGACGAUUCAAAAAGGAAAUCCUCGUCGACAAUCAAAGCUACCUUUUGUUGAUACGAGACGAAGGUGGUCCCCCGGAAUUGCAGUUUACCGCUUGGGUGGACGCUGUGAUCUUCGUUUUUAGUCUAGAGAACGAAUCUUCAUUUAACGCUAUCUACAAUUACUAUACGAAGAUGUCUCAUUAUCGAAACUCUGCCGAGAUACCACUCAUCUUAGUGGGAACGCAAGAUGCAAUAAGCGAGAAUAAUCCGCGAGUAAUCGACGAUUCCCGGGCUAGAAAACUGGCUAAUGACCUGAAGAGGUGUUCUUAUUACGAGACGUGUGCCACCUACGGACUCAACGUUGAACGAGUCUUCCAAGACGCGUGUCAAAAAAUCGUUCAACAGCGUCUCUCCGUGUCAACGACAUGUCUCACGCCUACUAAUUCCCGCCCCUCUACCCCCAACAACCAUUUUCAUCCGCCUCAACGCCACCUCCCACCCACUCAACCAAACAAUGGUUUUUCACAAAUGUCACCUAGUCAUACAAUCUCCUCCCACAAGGAUUUGCAUUCGUUGGGUUCACGUCAAGUCCACACCCUCUCCUCCUCUACACAUUACCUCCACCGUGACAAAUCCUCGGACGAGAAAUGGAACUCCUCCUCCUCCACGCUUAGUCAUGGCUCCUCCCAAGCGCUCGUAGUACAAACCGAAAAUAACAAUGUGACGAAAUUCGCCACGCCCCAUCCUAUCGAUAACAUCCAAUCGAAAGACUCGAAGGAUUUACCCACGCCUAGUUCGACCCCCACCACUGCUCGGAAGAGUCGAAGGAGGUCGAAUUUGUUCACGCCGUCGAAAAAAGGGGAUGAUAAGUUGAAAAAUGUGGGGGAUUUUGGGAGUGGGAGAGCGAUUCCCCUUAAACAAGGGUAUCUUUAUAAACGUAGUAGUAAACCAUUGAAUAAGGAAUGGAAGAAAAAAUAUGUGACUUUAUGUGAUGAUGGACGUUUGACAUACCAUCCCAGUCUACAUGAUUACAUGGAUGAUGUUCAUGGUAAAGAAAUUUCUCUUCAGUAUGUUACUGUUAAAGUACCAGGACAGAAACCAAGAGGAUCAAAAUCCAUCAUCACCGUUGCGGGAACCAAUGGCUCGAGCAGUAUUAAUGAGGGGUUGGGGGGGUUGUCGUUGGGUGGGAAGGAUAAAAGAACGACGGAGAAAGUACUGAUGAGUGCGUUCGAAACGGUGAAAGAUCCAAGUUCGAAGUACUCACAAGUGAGUGGGGAUGAAGGGAUGGUGUUGUCCAAUAGUAGUUCAUUUGUGAAUGGGGAUGGGAUUAAGACGGAAACGCCCAAUGUAAAGAAGAGGCACAGGAGGAUGAAGAGUAGUGGAGUGAAGAAUUCGGAGUACGAUGAUCCGGACGGUUAUGAAUUUUUUAUCGUGUCAUUGGAUAACAAACAAUGGCAUUUCGAAGCGUCAAGUUCGGAAGAACGCGACGAUUGGGUAGCUGCAAUAGAACAACAGAUUUUAAAUUCGCUGCAACUGAACGAAUCCUCCAAAGGUAAAAAACAAAACAAUCCAAUGGAAGCUGCAACAAUACAAUCAAUACGUAGUCGUGUACCUGGAAACGGUUUCUGUGUCGACUGUGAUGCUACUAAUCCGGAUUGGGCCAGUCUGAACCUCGGCGUGCUCAUGUGCAUCGAAUGUUCGGGGAUUCACCGCAACCUCGGAUCUCAUAUUUCCCGCGUUAGGUCACUUGAUUUAGACGAAUGGCCGGCCGGUCAUUUGAGCGUAAUGUUGGCAAUCGGUAAUACAUUGGCAAAUUCGGUCUGGGAAUGUCGGACACAGAGCCGUACUAAGCCAACGCCGAUUUCGAGUCGGGAAGAGAAAGAAAGGUGGAUAAGAACGAAAUAUGAGAGUAAGGAGUUUCUUCCGCCGUCUAAUACCACAAUGCCUUUGGGGCAACAAUUGGUCGAUGCUGUGUGUAGUUCUAAUAUGAAGGCAAUUAUUCAUGUUUUGGCAUUGGCCAAUACGGAACAAGUCAAUAGUACGGUGGCCCCGAGGGACCUAAGGACGCCCCUGCAUCUGGCCUGCGCAAUGGGUAAUCUAGCCGUUGCGCAGUUGCUGAUUUGGCACAACGCCAACGUGAAGGCCGUGGACCAAGACGGGCGCACAUGUCUCGCGUACGCCCGCGCCGCCGCCAGCAUCGCCGCCGCCAAAUGUCAGAGUAACAAUAGUGUGACCGCCGACGUGUCCGCCGCCGCCAGUCGCAGCCUCGUUGACCUCCUCUUGUCCUACGGCUGUCCGGAGGUGUCUUGUGUGCCCGGGAGCGGCACUCUGCCCCGCCGCCGCGGCAGCCAAACGAUGCCUCAACUCCCCUCGAGCGUCAUCUAACCCGACUGAUAUUUCCCCCAUACACACACAGGGUGCACUCGAAAUUUUUUCUACACCUCGUCGUGUUCACCGAUUCGAUGUCUUAUAAGUGUACAAUCAAUUUUUUAUUAGUCAAAGCACAGAGUGUACUUAAACGACUGGUAAUUUUUCAUUAUUGCACUAGGAAGCGAGUAUUAUGUAAGCGACUAUAUACAAAUCUUUUAUAUGUGAAUUUGUAAUAUUUGUACCUUGGACGUGAUUGAUUGAUUGUUAUUUAUCUGGUUUUUGUGUACGUGGUUACGAUUUUUUAUGCAGGAAUACUCUCUUUGUUAAAGUUUUUUUUCUUUGUAUAUAAUUUCGCCAAAGAUUUGUAUCGAUUGUUUUGUAUAUACGGAGCUAAAUUAUGUACAGAAAUUAUAUAUGUUGUUCUUCCUUACAUAAAAAUGUUACGAAACUGAA